CGGGCGUGAGUGAGCAGCCCGUUGCGACAAUAACAAAGCAGAAGAAGAAGGAGGAACCAACAGCUUCUAGAAGAUGUCUGAGUACGCAGCGUCCCAGAAGAGUACCCUGAAAUUAAAAGGUGUGGGGAGCAUUUCAGCCGGAAAAAAGAAGAAGAAGAAGGACAAAGACAGUAAGCGUCGCUUGGAGCAGCUCGCCAACGGUCAAAACGAAGAGGAGGGAAAAUCCACGAAAACAUACAUUGACAAAAGAACGCCGGCACAAAUGGCCUUCGACAAGAUGCAAGAAAAGAGGCAAAUGGAGAGGAUUUUGAACAAAGCCUCAAAGACGCACAAACUUCGAGUCGAGGAUUUCAAUCGCCACCUGGACACUCUGACGGAGCAUUACGACAUCCCCAAAGUCAGCUGGACCAAAUAGAAGGAGCAGUUGGUCACUUGUUUUUUUUGUUUAUCACUUACCCUUUGGUUUGUUGGUUUUGUGUAUUUACAAGUAAAAUCCAUUAAUUGGCAUUCAGUCACGGUUUUAAUUCCUGGUUUAUACAUUAAAGGAUUUAAGUAAAGGAAAA